GAGGCAAUCGAUACAGGCGGUGGAGAGGGAAGGGAGAAGCGGGAGAAUGGGAGGGGAAGGAGGCGUUUCUGUGAGCCAGCGCGCAGGCGUGGUCGCCCUGGUGACACUCGCAUGUCGAUAAGUAGCAAAAAGGAGUUGUUCUGUAUAUAUAUUCACCCUUAUGAGGACAAAGUGAGGGCUCUCGGUAGAAUGAACAGCUAUAUUACGAGGCACUCCAUAUGUCUGUCGGGAAGCUCGUGAGGCGAGGCGCUCAGUGACAAAAUCUUUAGAAUUCUAGUGAAGUUGCCCCGUCCGGCAUCAGCGAGUGUGGUUUCAUUGAUUUUAGUGUACUACGAAGGGGAGAGCCACGUCGUGUAGCUGUGUGAGACUCGUUUCAACGCAGAAAGGUACGAAUUUUCAUCCAUCCCGUGCUGAUCUGUGCUGUGUUGCCUACUUGAAUAAUGGGCGGGCGAGUUGCGUGGCCCCAGCCCAGCGCACCGGACGACUAAACGAGACACCAUACACCACCACCACCACAACCCAAGACAACAGGAGCGAGCACGGGAGCGGCAACAGCGCGUGCCACCCAGCGCUGAGGCGGCGUCGCUUGGAGGAGGGCGAGGCUCGGCACUAGAACGGUUGUCAGGAGCGGCCCACUGCAGCGGCCUUUAGUCUAGACCCUCAGUGGCCCUCAGUAGUGGCCCUCUGACCACCGCCACCGCGCCGACCUCUACCCGGUGCCCUCCCGUAUGAAACAAGAGCCAUGGAUGCGCAGCGGAGACAGCUGUGUCCCCGCCUGGUGGACUACCUGGUGGUGGUUGGCGCGAGAACACCUGGCCGGGCCGCACCUGUACAGCCGCCAGAACUCUUGCGUCGAUACCCGCCAGACGACCACAAGGACUUCCCGCUGCCUCUAGACGUGAUAUACUUCUGCCAGCCCGAGGGGUGUGUGUCUGUGGGGCCCCGCAAGACAUCCUUGAGGGAAGCCACAUCCUUCGUCUUUACUCUCACUGAUAAGGACUCAAGCAAGACUCGGUAUGGGAUUUGUGUCAAUUUCUACCGGGCAGUGGAGCGCGGGACCACGGGAGGCCUGGCAGCAAUGCGUGGGAGGGACAGGGGGCCUUCCUUCAAGCGGGAGUCAUGGAGGACCAGCCUAGAUAAAAGCUCUGACUCUGCCUUCUCCAGUUAUCUGGUUCCCUGCAGUGACCAGCGCUCCACCCUUGCUCCGAGCGACAGUGAGAGGGACUGCCCCCCUUCUCGCCGUGACUCCGAGUCCACCUCUCCUGCCUCCCACCUUGGUGUGAACCUGCCUGGCAAUGACUCUGACACUGGUGGCUCCCACUCUCCCUCCCCUCGUGCUGCCAGGAAAAGACAGCGUGUCAGGAACCACUCCCUUACCUCGCUGUGCAUUUUGUCCCAUCACCCGUUCUUCAGCGCCUUCCGGGAGUGUCUCUUUCUCCUGCGACGGAUGAUUGAUGCUUGCAAUGAGAACGCAUCACCCAGAAGAGUUGGAGCGUCCAGACAGAACAACAGAGACACGGUGUGGAGUGUGAUGACGGGCCGGCCACACGAGGGCGUCCCCAGCAUAGUGAUGCAUGAUGUGCGGGAGAUAGAGACGUGGAUCCUCAGGCUACUCUCAGCGCCAGUGUGUGUGCCGGGCAAGACCAGAGUUGAGCUGGAGUUGCUGCCGAGGGAACUUCAUGCACCUCUCACCUUUGCCCUGCCUGACCACACCCGCUUCUCCUUCAUUGACUUCCCUUUGCACCUUCCCUUGGAGCUGCUCGGGGUGGAGUCCUGCAUCAAGGUCAUGGAACUCAUCAUGCUGGAGCAGAAGAUUGUGAUGCAGUCUCGAGACAACAAUGCUCUGUCUAUGUCAGUGCUGGCGUUUGUCACGAUGAUCUAUCCUCUGGAGUACAUGUUCCCAAUCAUCCCUCUGCUCCCUACAUGCAUGAGUUGUUCUGAGCAACUCCUCCUCGCCCCCACCCCCUUCAUCAUUGGCAUCCCUGCCUCAUUCCUCCGCUACAAGAAGCAAUUUCUACUCCCAGAUGACGUGUGGCUGGUGGAUCUGGAUGCUAAUAAGAUCACAGCGCCGCCUUCCUGUGAUGAGAUCCCGCCACUGCCUGAGCCGGAGUGCACCAUUCUCAAAAACCAUCUGAAGCAGAUCCAUGGAAUGUACGAAACUAACUGGUACUCAAAAUUUCAUCAACUAACUAUCGAAGCUGGGGCUAUAAGAUCUAUGGAUGAGGCACUAGCUAGCAUGUCACCGCAGCCGCCACCGCCGCGCUCCAUCGAGGACUUGGAGCGGGAGAAGGCCAUGCAGCAGCACGCACCACAGGCUCACUACAACCUCUUCAUCUAUGGCAAUGACGUAGACUCGGUUGACAUCGCCACCAGAGUUGCCAUGGUGCGAUUCUUCAACUCGCAGAAUGUGCUGGCAAACUUCACAGAACACACCCGCACCCUCCGGCUGUACCCUCGCCCUGUGGUGGCCUUCCAGAUCAACUCUUUUCUGCGGUCACGGCCUCGUGCCACGCCAUUCCUCAACCUCUUUGCCCGGACACAGGCAGUAGAGUUCCUGGCAGAGUGGUCCAUCACGCCCUCCAACAUGGCCUUCCUCAGAGUAAACACAGGAGUCUUUGAUCCAACGCUCAUUGGGGACAAGAGCAAGUGGUACGCCCAUACGCUGGAGCCAAUCGGGUUCAGGGUGUGGCAGGAUGGCAGUUCCUUGGGCAGCACCUUGAGGGCCAGCACUCAGGUGGACAACCCUCCCACAGAUGAGAGUGGCAGUGACUCUGAGGGAGGAGAAAGUACCAGCAGUUCCUACUCUUCACUCAGUGACUUUGUGUCAGAGAUGCAUUCAUCUGACCUCUCCCCAGGCUGUGGAGCGGCAACAGAAAAGGAGAAGGCCACCCUGUCCUCAGGUCUGGACCCUCGCUCAGUGUUCCACCCACCAUCCACUCUGCAACUCCCUGGUGCUGCCUCCUCAGACUCAGCAUUGAGUCACGCUGGUUCCAUGUCCACCUCAUCAUCUCACUCGUCCCUAUCAUCGGCCGACCACCGUGAUGACGAUGAUGAGGAGGAGACGGGGGAGGGAGUGAUGAGGGAGGAGGACGCGGAUAAGCUGGUGAUCCCUGCGCCCACUCUGCACCCUCUCAUGCUGCGCUCAGACAUGCUGGAGAAAGGUGACGAGGUAUUUACACCAGAGAGCGACUCAGCCACCACAACGCCCAAGACAGUGGUGAGCAACAAUCAGUCCCCGCUGCCACACAUCAGCCCCACUCCAUCGGUGAGCAGUGACGUGUCUGUGGCCACUCAGUCCUCAGAGCGUGACAGACCCACCACGCCAAGACCUCGGACCUUCUCUAAGGGGGCAAGUCCAACACCACAGAAGCAGACGUCCAUUAGUUCUGUGCUGGCCCGUGCCUCCAGCCUUGGGUCAGGGAGUUCUGGCAGUGGUCCCACCAGGCAGUCAUCACAGAACUCCCUCCUGGACCAGUUUACCUCCUCAGCUAAGGAACUCAUCAAGGAAAGGCAGAGUUCCCAGGAGGGGUCCUUCCUAUCACAGGUGGAUAAGUUAACGGAACAGUUUCGUAGUCAAGUAACGGAACGGCUUGAGGUAGUGAAGCAGAGUAGUGGUGAGGAAGGGUCACUGCUCAACCAGAUGGAUAAGUCCAACCAAGAAGCAAGUGGCCAGCAUCAGAGGGAAAGGCUGGAGGAGGCACCGUCUUUCUCCAGUUUAGCGGAUCAGCUGACAGUGCAAGCGAAGAGAGCUGCAGAAGAGGCCUCCAAGUCUGUUAGUGUGGCCGGCAAGCAAGCCAUGGAGGCCAGCAAGCAGGCACAGCAGGCAAGCAAGUCCACGUUUGAAGACCUGUCGUUCAUGGGGAAACACACGCUGGGGGACUUUACCAAGACGGCUCGGGAGGCAGCCAAGAAGGGCGGGAUCUUCUCCAAGGUCAGCCUAAAGGCCUUGGAGCUGCGAGACUCAUCCUUCGAGGGGAAGCUGGGAGGAGGCAGCCCAGCCAUCAGUGCCCCUGCUGAUAUGGGAGGAGGAGGGGGAGGAGGAGGAGGAGGAGGAGGUGGAGGAGGUGGCAGUGUAGUGGGUGCCAAUGGGAGCGGUUUCCGUGGCAGCAACGUGAGUCUCGGGUAUGGUGACGAGAGUGCCGUGGUGAUGGGAGGCAUGGGCGGCCGCAGACCAAGUAGCGCCAGCAGUGCCGGGGCGCGCUCCCCCACCAUGACCUCCUCCUCCUCCAGGGACUUCCUCUCUAAUGUCAGUUCUGAAUUGAACGACUUUGCCCAGCAAACGACGAGUCUGUUCAGUGAUAUCUUUGUGGAGAAUGGCCAUGGGUUGGGUGUCCCGCUGUCCCCCACGCCCAGCCUCAGGAGACUCAGCCGUUCUCAGUUUCGUGCUCGGGGGCCCGGGAGCCGCAGUGUGAGCCCCUCCAGCCUGGGGGUGGGCAGCGUCAGGAGCAGGGAGAGGGCGCAGCCUUUUGGACCCUUCCCCAAAGGUCGGAAGGGUCUGGUGGAGAAGUCGUCUCUGAUCCGUCACUCGGUCUCUGCACAGCGCCGGGCAGAACUCAACAAGAUUGCAACGAUGGAACAGCGCACCACUUCAGCCUCAGAGAACCAGGCCUUCCUUAAAGAUGUGCUGACUCAGGUAAUUGAGGGCGAAGGCAUUGGAUGGCUUAAGUUGAAUCGUGUCCGCAAGUUGAUGGAGGAUGAGAGUUACAGGAUGCUGGUUGUUUCUGGGCUCAACCGCACCCUGGAACGUAAGAUUGGACCAGAUGAUCAUAUCAGUGAAGUGUGCAUCAAGAAGCCGGUGUGGAAGGGAAUGCUGAAGCUGAUCAAUGCAGUGGUGGCUGGGCUGGAGGUGACUUACAACACCUUUGGGGGUGGCGGCACUUCCUCGGCUCUUCAGGCCCUGGAGAUCUCCCACACACACUACUGGAGCCGAGACCUCAAUGACCCACAUGUGCUGGAGAUGUCAGGGGGAGGGUCGUCAGCUCUGUCUCAGUCUUCCAGUCCCUUGGGCAGCCUGGAGAACCUCAGGUCACCAGGCAGCCCUAGAAGCUCCCCCCUGCCCCCACACUCCCCACAGCCUCCCUAUGAUGGUUCAGAUUGCUCCAGGAAAUCCUCCCAGUCAGACAGUCCCUUCCUCUCCUCUGGGCCGCGAGUGGUGCAUGACCCACUGAGGUCCCCAGAAGGCGAGGGUCCUGAGACAGCUACUUCAGACGUCCUGCGAGACCUCCUGGUGCAGAAGAGACAUGUCCUUCUCUCCAAACUUCAGUCCCAGGACUCAGAGGCUGGGGACACACUUCAGGGGUCUGAGGGGCCUCCUUCCUGUGGCGCCAGUGAUACUGGGUCUAUCAUCACCAACCCGGCCUUUCAGCGCCAGCGUCACUCUCACCAGUCCUUUCGCUCUACUGUAUCUGAUUCUGAGAUAGAGCAAGGCAAUUUUCCUCGCAGCUCCAAGAGAACCUCCAGCAUGUGGUCCAGCAAGUCGUCUCUAUCCACUGGCUUCAGGUACCAUGCUGGCAACAUGAUUCCAACCUCCACUACUCCCUCUCCUGACUCGGGCCGAACGUAUCUAUUUGAAGGUCUCAUUGGCAAGGAUCGCUCUCCACUGUGGGAUCAGAUGCAGUUUUGGGAGGACUGUUUCCUGGAUGCUGUGGCACAGGAGAGGGACAUGGUGGGGAUGGACCAGGGACCCAGUGAGAUGAUGGAGAGGUACAACAGCCUGAGUGAGUCCGAGAGGAAGCGUCUGGAGCACGAGGAAGACCGGCUGCUGUCCACAAUGCUGUAUAACAUGGUGGCCUUUAUGGUGAUGGUGAACAUUCGCAAGGAGGACAUCAAAAGGAAAAUCAGGCGUCUGCUGGGCAAGUCUCAUAUCGGUCUUGUCUACAGCCAGGAAGUGAAUGAAUUGCUGGAUCAGAUUAAUAACUUGCACGGGAAUGACAUUGACCUGCGGCCUCUUGGGUCACGACAGAUGCACCGGCAAAGCUUCACGGUUCACUCAGGCACAGACGCAUCAGGUGACUUGUUGUUUCUGGAGGUGAGGGACGAUGGCCUCAUUCUGCGCUCUGUCAGUGGCAUCAUUGUGGAGCGCUGGUGGUUUGAGCGUCUGGUGAACAUGACGUACUCUCCUAAAAACAAGGUGCUCUGUCUGUGGCGGCGUAACGGAGGCCAGACGCAGCUGCACAAAUACUACACAAAAAAAUGCAAGGACCUGUACUACUGCAUCAAGGAGGCCAUGGAGCGAGCAGCGGCGCGGGGUGUGGGGGCCCUGCCUGGCGUGGAGCUGGGCGGGGAAUUCCCAGUGCAGGACAUGAAGACCAGCGAGGGGGGACUGCUGCAGGUGUGCAUGGAGGGCGUGGGUCUGCUGUUCGCCACCAGCAAGGAUUUCGAGUUCUUUGUGAGACUUGACCACAUCAGGAGAUGCUUCACUCAGAAAGGAGGAAUAUUUGUGCUGGAGGAGUACAAUCCAAAGACUCGACAAGUGAUUCAACGCAAAUACAAGUCAGCAAUGGCCGACCAAAUCUGCUAUGCUGUGUUGUGUGUGUUCUCCUACGUGGCUGCUGGCAGUGAACAGAAGAAGAUGGAGGUUGCCGCUGCUGCUGCUGCUGCAGCCGCUCACCGGAAACACUGACAUACCUCCAAGUAGGGUGUAGGGGAAGCUGCUAUUUAGUGGAGGCUCUGGUCUGACUUGUAAUCAAAUGAGGGGUUCACACUAACAGCAUGUGAAUGUUACUAAUAGCUGCUGCUGUAUGUUGCAAGACUCAGAUGCAAAGAAAAAGGUUGUGCUUCAUAUUAUACAAUGAUCAAAAGACAAUGGACAUGCAUGCCUCAUACUAUAUACCCACUAACCUACUACUACUACUACUACUACUACUACUACUACUACUACUGUGUACUGCAAGACUCAACAGUACUGGAAAGAUCAUGUUUCAUUUUAUACGAUGAUCAAAAGACAAAUUUUAGUACAGUUGAGUAUACAACUCUGUAUUGCAAAACUUAGUGCCAGGAAAGAUCAUACUUUGUAUUAUGCAGUAAACAAAGUGCAAUAAAUGACAGUACUCUGAGCAUGCAACUCAAUACUAGUGGUGUAAUACAAGAUUAAUGGCUAUGAAUCUUGAUAAGAUUAUGAAAGAUGCAAUGAGUCAUGCAUAUCAUGGCAUCACAAUUCCUUUCAAGGCUGUAUGGGGAGAUCUAACAACAUUCUUCAGUUUAGUCUGUGCCUCUUGUUAAUACUGUAUGUAAUAAAAUUUUUCUCUCCCAAUAACAUCUGUAAGACAUUGAACUCAGAAUGAUAACAUCUAUUGUGGCAACACCUGCUUAUAUCAAGAGAAGAUUAAAGAAGCAGUAGGAGAUUCAGAUCACCAGAUACAAGAAAAGUAAACCAUGUUGAUGUCUGUGCAAUAUAAGGGCAGAGUGGAGACAGUAAAGAAGGUUAAAGCUACUAAUAGCUAUAUGCAAGGACAAUUAACCUCAAUAAUGUCUGUUUAACUCAAGCAUGUUAGAGCAUAGGUAAGAAAGAUAACUAACUUGACAAGCUGUUUUGAAUAGUGUGGCAUAAAGUUUACUACUAAAGAACAUAUGCAAGGAUAAGUAACCUCAAUAAUGUCUUUAACUCAAGUAUUGUAGAAUUGAGGUUAAGAUAAUUACCUGAGAAGCAGUUUUGUCUAUGGAAUGAAGUUUGCUACUGAAGACUAGAGUACUAAUAUGCUUGGAGUAGUGAAGUAUCAGACAUCAUAGAGGGAAGGAAAAAUGUGUAUCUUGUACUGUAAAGAAACUCCUUUGGAUGGCAAACGUCAGUAAGUCACAAUAAAUAUGGAUGAAGAAUUGUAGGUUUAAACUUUGCCAUUGAAUAUGAUAUUAAGUAAAAAAAGAAAUAGUUAUAGAUAGAAAGCAGACAAAUGAGAGAGGAAUGAGAAGAAGGACAAGUCAUAGAAGAUAGAAAUAAGGAAGUGUAGGUCUAAAUUUCACCCUGAAGUAUAGAAUAAGUAAAGUAAAGACAGAUAGGAGUGGAAAACAGACAAGUGGAUAGGUGAUUAAGAUGAAGGGCAAGUCACAAGGGAAGAAGAAAGAGGUUGAAGUAUUUCUUAUAACUAUCCCCUCAAGUAACCUGCAAAAUAGACAACAUAGAAAUAGUAUCCUAGGUUGAGGAAGAGAAGCAGAAAGUAUGCAAGUGACCGAGGAUUAGUAGCAAAAAAUAUUAAUGUUUCUCUGUAAAAAGAUACUCGUGUAAAAGUACUGUCCUUUGCAUUAAUUCCUUUAGGUGAUGUAAGCAAGAUAGUAAAGGAAAUUAAUAAGGGAAUGCAAAAUAAGUAUUGCAGUAAAAUAAUAAAACCUUGAUAAAAAGAAAAAGUUUGAUGAAUGAAAAAAAAAAAACCUAUUUAUUUCUAAUACACAUUCCGCGACUAACUUUAACUGUGACGAAGCUAAUGUGGUGAAUUAUGAUCAUUAUUCCCUAGACACUGGUAUGAUGCUGGUGCUAUCUAUCAUCUGUAGUAUUAACAGUGUAGCAUACUUAAUAAUUUUUAAAUGAGAGAGAAAUAAAAAGAGACAAUGUUGUAAAUGUACGACAUACAUGCAGUGUAAAUUAUUGUACAUUGUGUAGAUAUUUUGCAUAUUGUUAUUGUGUGUAUGUAUGUAUGUACGUAUGUAGGUAUGUCUGUGUGUAUCUUGUUGAUUGAUGGCUUGGGUUAUCUCUUGGUGUUACUAGUGACCAGUGCCUACCACACAGUAAUAAAAUAAUCCUAUACUUGUAGAUCACUUCUGUAAGACAUGACACACUCUUUCUCUCUACCAGGUGUUUGUUUGUAGAGUUGCAAUCAUCCUGUCAUCCUAUACAUUCCUCCCUUCCUUCAUCCUAGAGUGAUUCAUCCAAUCCACAUCCCCAGUUUUCUUGCAAUAUACAUAAGGCAUAUGUUUGCAUCACAAAAAGGUAUUGUUAUAUUUUCCAAGCUUUGCAGGAACAUUUAAAGCUCUAAAAGGGAAAGAUCUCUAGAUUUGAUUGAAGUUUCGUGUAUUGAGUGAUGCAGGUGUAUCUUUGCAUCAACAUAAUAAGAUAUUGUUAUGUUUUCUAAAAUUUUCCUAGAAUGUUUAGGUUUCAUCAUUAAAUUUCUCAUUGUUCU